CACCAGCUUUUCUUUUAUUGUUGUCCUUAACUUGUAAUCGUUACAGUUGCGUUGGUGUAUAUUUAAUCCCACGAGACUAUCCUCUUCGAUGAACAAUCUCUGUCUGGCGCUGUGACAGCGCUUCAGUGUAAACAGACGAUGGCAUUUUCAAAACAAUGUGGCAAUGUGUCACUUGUGGAAAAAAUAAUGCGAUGAUGGCAUCCGCGUUGUUUUACUUAAGGCGCUUUCUGUCUACUCCCCAGUAUAGCACGCAAUGGAGUCUGGGUCGACAUGGAGAUUUUUUGGGAAAUUCAUUAGACUUCACUGCUUUUUCUCUUCACAAUGUUGUUUAUCGGCUAUAAAGAUUUUUUAACUUUGGGCGUAAAGAAGACGUACACACCGAUACCAUGUCAGAGCGGAAUUACUGGACCGUGUGCCCGAGUUACAAAAGUCAGUUCGUUUCAGGAGGCUUAGUCAAACGACCCAAAAGUAACCGGAACAAAAGGAAAAGUCUGGCUCCUUCACCUACGCUAUCAAGACCGCUCUCACCCCUUCCUUUCCCAACUGGCAGCAGUUCACUGGACAGUCCCAGAAAUGUCUCCAGCAGUCCUUCUGUCAACUUCCCAUUCAUACGGAGAGCAGAUACUCGAAGAUGGUCUGUGGCAUCUGUCUCCUCUGGAUAUGGAACCAAUCCACCCAGCUCUGCCGUUUCAUCUUCCUCCUCCUCACAGGAGCUCCUACACCAGCUCCCCUCCCAGCCCACCCCAGAUGACCUCCAUCGCCUCUUCAAGCAUUUCAGGAGCUCCGACAGUGUGGCAGAUGAGGAUGGACAUCCCUCACAUUUCCGGCCUCGCUCACGGAGUCUGAGCCCUGGUAGGACAUGUGGGUCCUUCGAUAAUGAGAUUGUGAUGAUGAAUCAUGUCUACAAAGAACGGUUCCCGAAGGCUACAGCUCAGAUGGAGGGGCGGUUGCUGGCAGUGAUUGAAGACUUCUGUCCAGACAGUGCUCCUCCUCUUGCUGAUGGACUGCUGGGCUUCAUUCAGCACCAGCUGGUCGAGCUUGUGCGGGACUGUCUGGAGAAGUCCAGAAAGGGCCUCAUCACAUCUAGCUACUUUGUGGAACUCCAGGAAAAAAUUGAAAAUUUGCUGCAUGAGGCUUAUGAACGCUCAGAGAGUGAGGAAGUGACUGUUAUUGCCAAACUCGUGAAGAAGAUUCUCAUCAUUAUUUCCAGGCCUGCAAGACUCCUGGAAUGUCUGGAGUUUGACCCUGAGGAGUUUUAUCAACGGCUUGAAGUUGCAGAAGGCCAGGCAAAAGUUGGCCAGGUUAUCAAAACAGACAUCCCUCGAUACAUUAUCAGCCAACUGGGUCUCACUCGUGACCCCCUGGAGGAAAUGGUGCAGCUUGAGCAAAACAACUCAGGAAGCCCAAACAAAGAAUUGGAUGACUCUGCAGAGAAUCGUCCUGGAAGUACAACACAUCGAAGAAAACCUCUGGAAAGAGAUUUUGAGACCAUAAAGCUCAUCAGCAAUGGUGCUUACGGGGCUGUGUACUUGGUGCGUCACCGUGGGACACGACAACGGUUUGCCAUGAAGAAGAUCAACCGGCAGAACCUGAUCCUGAGGAACCAGAUCCAGCAGGUGUUUGUGGAGCGAGACAUCCUAACUUUUGCAGAGAACCCCUUUGUGGUCAGCAUGUUCUGCUCCUUUGAGACACGACGCCACCUCUGCAUGGUUAUGGAAUAUGUAGAGGGUGGAGAUUGUGCCAAUUUGCUUAAGAAUAUGGGUCCUUUGCCAGUGGACAUGGCCAGAAUGUACUUCGCAGAGACUGUUCUCGCACUAGAAUAUCUUCAUAAUUAUGGCAUAGUCCACAGAGAUCUCAAACCUGACAACUUGCUCAUUACAUCCAUGGGACACAUUAAACUGACUGACUUUGGUUUGUCAAAAAUUGGUUUAAUGAACAUGACUACAAACCUGUAUGAGGAACACAUGGAGAAAGACACAAGAGAGUUCAUUGAUAAACAGGUUUGUGGUACUCCAGAAUACAUUGCGCCAGAGGUGAUCCUGAGGCAAAGUUAUGGGAAACCUGUGGACUGGUGGGCUAUGGGCAUUAUCCUGUAUGAGUUCUUGGUUGGCUGUGUCCCUUUCUUUGGAGACACACCAGAAGAGCUCUUUGGCCAGGUGGUCAGUGAUGAAAUAGAGUGGCCAGAGGGUGAUGAUGCAUUGCCUGCUGAUUCUCAAGACCUUAUCACAAAACUGUUGAGACAAAGUCCCUUGGAGCGCUUGGGAACUGGUGGAGUGGCUGAAGUCAAAUAUCACAUCUUUUUCCAUGGUCUGGACUGGAGUGGACUGCUGAGACACAAAGCAGAGUUCAUUCCACAGCUUGAAACUGAAGAUGACACAAGCUACUUUGACACACGUUCUGACCGCUACCACCACUCUGAGGAAGAUGAUGAGACAAAUGAUGAUGAAUCUUAUCAGGAGAUCAAAUUCUCGUCCUGCUCACAUCGCUUCAGCAAGGUUUACAGUAGCUCGGAGCAGCUGGCAUCUCCCUCCAACUUGAGCCUGUCCUCCUCAGAGCGGAGCUGUAGUGAAGAGAAGGAUGACAGAUGGGAUGGUCAUUCAAUGCUUUCUUCAGGAGACACCCCUAGACAGCUGCCAAGUAGUGACAGGAAGCAAGAUUCCCACAGGGGCAGCCUAAGUCCAAGUCCAAGGCCAAGAGCAUCAUCCACAAGUCCUCUCAUUCUGAACAGCACUCAGAGCCUUGAGGCAAUGCCACAUUUUGCCUUUCCUGAGGAUGAAGAAGGACUUGUCUCAAAUCUCCGGCGUAUUCGUCUGCGCAGCAACUCUACUGGAACAAGACCUGCUAGUCGCAGGGACCACAAGGGCCCACGUCGACUUGGACUCCAGCAAGAGACCCCCGAGAAGCCAAGAUCACCUUUUACAUGCAAAGUCCCAAAAUCUGCAUCUGUGUCUGGCCUGUCUCUCAUUGUCACAGCAGAUGACAUCCCUGGUGGGAUCCAGACAAGCCCCAUGUCCUCACACUCCCUCUCAUCCUACCCUUCAUCUCGGGACUCUUCCCCCAACCGAGACCUCUCUCUCAGUGUCAGCAGCCUUCGUCCUCCUGUAGUCAUCCACAGCUCUGGGAGGAAGUACGGCUUUGCGAUCCGUGCCAUUCGGGUCUACAUGGGGGACACGGAUGUCUACACAGUGCACCAUAUCGUCUGGAGCGUUGAAGAUUGCAGCCCUGCUCACGAGGCUGGACUGAGGGCUGGUGACCUUAUAACUCAUGUGAACGGAGAGUCUAUUCAGGGUCUGGUGCAUACUGAUGUGGUGGAGCUUCUGCUGAAAAGCGGGAGUAAAGUGACCCUGCAGACAACUCCACUUGAGAAUACCUCCAUUAAAACUGGGCCUGCAAGAAAAACCAGUUGCAAGGGGAAGAUGGCACGACGCAGCAAAAAAUGCAAAAGGAAAGAGGGUCAAGACAGCAAACGCCGUAGCCUUUUAAAGAAGCUGCCCAAACAUAAUCCAGGGAUACAGAAUAGUCGCAGUUUCUCUGCAGGAUUCCAGCACUCACCUAACGACAGCCUGUCAGAUUCUCCAACACCAAGCCUGUCUUCUGGACCCAACACUCCAUGCAGAAGCCCAGCUCCAGAUCUGUCAUGUGAUUCUAACUCGCCACAGAGUUCCUCACCAUGCUCAAGCUCUCCAAAUUCACCAAUCCCUCAAAGUCGACCAAGUUCUCUUCACGUUUUGGGAUCUAAGAUUGGCCUUCGCUAUAAUAAAGCUGGCCGAUGCAAGUCUACCAAUAGUAUUCCUCCCUCUCCCCUCGCCUGCAAUCCGUCCUCACAACCUCUGUCUCCACAGUGUUCUCCAUCUUCCCUCUCAGGGAUGGCUAAAAGCCUCCACUCAUUUCAUAAUAAGAUGAUGUCCCCACCAACCAUUGUUAGACAAACAGUGUGUCCCCGCAGUGCAGAAUCACCACGCUCACCAUUGCUUAACAGAAUUCAGUCGGUUGAAAAGCUCUCCGGUGGCCAGCAUGGAGACAAAAAGGCCUUCUCUACUCAAAGGCACACUGUGGAGGUUCCCCAGGAUGAGGCUGAAGGGCUCGAGUCACAAACUAGUGACAUUGCCUCAGGCUUUGUUUGUGUCGGUGACCAUGCUAGACAAGGGUUGUAUCUGGCUGGUCAGAGAGUGAGGGACUCUGAGAGAACAAAGGAGGUGGUGGUUAUGAGAAAGCUAAACUUGUCUGAGAGACGAGAUUCAUUUAAAAAGCAGGAAGCAGUUCAGGAGGUCAGCUUUGAUGACUCUGAUGACAAAGACGUCACAAUUUCAACACCAGUGCCAUCUCAUCCUCUGUGUAGAGCAGCAUGGAUAAUGGCAACACAGGCUAAGGGAAGCUCUGAGACUCCAAAGAGCAAGACAAAUGAGCUUGAAUCCAAGAUAAAGGAGAAGAGGGAACAAGAGGAUGGAUGUUAGCCUUCGAUAAGUCCAGAAAACUGUGAGACUCGGAUGUAAGAGUGAUUCCAUGAUAACCUAAAACGUAAUCAGAGAAAAUUCAGGGGUAGGUCAUAUGUCUUUGUCUAGCAUCCCUAGAAGUUACCCACUACCAAACUGUAUUUUUUUUUAUUUUUUUUUUCCCCUUCUAGAAAAUGUCCUUGAGGACUUCAUUUAAGAAUUUGUUUUAUCAGGUAGCACAAAGAACUUUUGUAGAUUUUCGAAAGAAGUUUAUUUAUUACAUUGAAAGUUAUGUGUUUUAUAUGAGACGGGAAUAGAAUGUCAUACAAAAGGAUCUUUUUUUCUCAUUUUCCUAUCCUUUCAAUAAAUAUCGGUUAGUGUCUUAUGACUCAAUCAAUAAUGUCUAAUUGGUCAACUAGUUAUGACAUUUUAACUGAGAUACUUUUUGCAUUUUAUCAUUGCUGUUUUGUCAGAUUGAAUGUACAAGAAAUUAAUCUUGUAUUCUGUUGUUCUCGAUACACAAAUAAUGAUUUGAACAAAGCCAUUGGGUCAGUUUUGUCUUUUUAGUGUAUCAAGUUUACCUGAACAAAGAACAAAAUGGCUUACUAAAACGAAUUUGAUUAGUAAAGUUUUAUUUAUUAUGUUUUGAAACCGUUAUAUGUUGUUGCAGUGUUGUACAACUGAAUUAAUUUUAACUGUGUAACCUUGAACACGCUUUCACAAAUGGUGGUUUUCUGUCUUUCAGUGUUUGGUGAAUUCAAGAGAAAAUACAUUUUUACAACAGCUGCAUGGCUGUGUUUCGGUGACUACUAUAUAAAAAUGCCAUACUUUUACUCCGCAUGACAACCUUCAGCGACAGUUGCUUGUUUGGUUUUACAGAAGUCACGGAAAUGACUCGAUUAUGUGUAACAUGAGCUUUCUGUGUAAUCAUUUUCUUUUUUUCGUAUUCAUUAAUCAAAACUAAAAAGACCAAACGAAGUUCAGAUAUUUAUAAAUUUUAACUUGCACUCCCAGUCUGACUCGUCUUUUCUUCUUAUGUACUACAUUUCUUCCUCCGUAAGGUACUGUUGUUUUUUAGUUAUAUAGUUAUAGCCUAUAUCUGUAUAGUUGAUAAUCCAAAAGCAUCUUUACAAUUAUGUUUUAUUUUACACAGCCCGAUUUAAGGGACUCUGAAUGAUCCAAGACUCACAACUAUAUCCACUCACCCUCAACUGUGCUUGUAAAGAUUGGAUUUAACAGUGAAUAAAUGUAUAUAAU